CAUUAAAUUGUUUACAACGCAUUUGACGUUUGAAACGUUAGUAAAAUGCAUUUACCGAACGAAUAUUUGAUCGGAAUUUCAAUUAUUGGCGUCUCCGGGAUAUCUUACUUUCUUACAAGGUACAAGAAACCAUCUACCGAUAAUUGUGAGCUGCAAAAUAUAAAAGACGACUUUGAGGACGACCCGGAUGAGCAGUUUUUCGACGCAGAAUCUGGAAGUGAUCGGUUUAUGUCAUUUGAAAACGUAUACAAUGUAAAGCGAUCUAAAUCAAUUUCAGAACUGUACAAAGACGCAGUAGAAAAGCAAGCUUUUGGAGACAUAGAAUAUCAUUUUGAAGAACGUACGUUAAAAAGUUUAUCAUGGAAGUUCAACAUGUUAGACGCAGCUAUGCAGAAAAUACAAUACAAGGUUGACGAGCAGGCGUUAAUGAUAAAGAGUUUAAAAUUAGGCAUGUCAGGCGUUAGGACUGAUCUGAAGACGUUGAUCGAAAGUUUCAACUUGUCCAGAACGACGUCAACAGAAAGUAAUAUUAUAAUUUAUAACACAAUCGACCUAUACUUACCUAUAUCAAACAUUAUUUUUUCAUUUGACCUUUGUUUAGGAAACACCGAAAAACCCAAUAGCUGCAAGCUCAGUAUGUUGAAGACUAGGAUAUCAAUCCUUGAAAGAGAAGUGACAAAAAAUUCUUCACAAAUAAUUGAAAUGGACCAUUCGUUUCGAGCACUGUUGAUGGGCGUGGGCGCCGCUGUGACGUUACCAGAAGAAAACCGUUUCCAUCGAAACCCACCGAACACUUAUCGUCACCAACCUACCACGCCAAAGGUCUCGGCAUUUGCACUGGUAGGAUCGCCACCGGAACAUUCGGUGCCGAGGCCACCGCCUCCGCCUCCCUCGGUGUACUCAGGUUUUGGGCCACCGCCUCCACCUCCGCCGCCCCCUACGACGACGAUCGAUACCCCGGCAUUACGGAUUGGUGAGCUCUGGGAGAAGGAGGGAUCCUCAAAGGUGGCUGGGCCUGACAAAAACGCCACGAAAACGUUCUGUCGGAUACCGAUAACCGAAGAAAUACUUAAGUCGGUCGUGCUGAAGCCACUUAAGCGUACUUAAGAAUUUCCUCUCUUGGCCCAAAUUUUUUUUAAUCGCUUAUUGCUAUAUAAACUAAUAUUUUCUAAACGAUUUCCCGUACAAACACAACAAAGAUUAGAUACCAUGUUAUAUUAUGUGAGUUAUUGAGUUAACAACAUUGAUUAAAUAGGUUGUUAAAAUGUACCUAAUAGUUUCAGCCAGUUUGGGUUUAUAAUGUUGCUGUGCAAAGUAAUUAAAUAAAACCUCAUAGACCUGUUGUAUACAGAAUAAUCAUUUUAUCAUAAAGUACUCAGCAUUUGGAAAAUAUUAUCGUAUUUUAUCUAAUAUUAUCAAUAAAUGGUAAUAAU